AUGUCGGAUGCCAUCUACCAGACUUUGCCCAAGGAUCGCCACGAUCUCGUCUCAGUAGAAAUACAGCUCCAGACUUACCAUUUGACCGCCGCGCUUGACUUCGAAAUCGGACGCCUCCGAUAUCAUGCCCUGAGGUCGGGAUUCGCAGACGACAUUGGAAUGCCGGAGAAGCUGGCGUACAUUUGGGGUACAUGGAUCGGUGACGGUGACAGCAUCCAGUCCAUGAUCGCCAUCAACAGGAGGGACAAGGAGCAAAUCGCGCGGAUUGAGGAAGUUUGCCAUGAUCUAGGACUGGCAGCGAGGCUAUACGAGCAGUUGGAGAGGGAUAAGGCACAAGGAUCUAUGAGUGGUAGAGUCAGUAUCACCAGUCGAGUCCACAACCGCCGUAACUAUUUCAUGACGUUUCUCCGUCGCUUGGGCCUCGGCAAGUCUGGAUCCAAGUACAUACGUUGGUGGCUCCGCAAGGAAUCGACAUCCGUGCGGGAGUAUUUUCUCGCAGGGUUGAUUGAUUCUGAUGGAUGUUAUGAAGAGCAGCGGCGUUCAUUCGCGAGCGACAAUAGCGGUGCCACUCCACACGACCGUGACAAGUCCAGCCAGAGCCAGAUUUACAAGAAGGUGCCCAUUGCGACCAUUUAUCCCAAGGUCGCCGAGGGAGUAUUUGUACUUACACGGUCUCUUGGUAUCCCCUACGCGGCUUACUACAAACCAGCAACGUCUCAUAUACAUACCACAACUCAGCAAACAACUACGAUCAGACUCCAACCCUGUCGUACAUGUCUCGCUCCUGGAACGUUUUGUCCUUGA